UUCUGAUCUUUCUAUGCUCUAAUGGAAUUUGAAGGAGAGGAGAAGAGUAAUAUUCCACUGUUGCAAGGAGGAAGAAAUAGAGGGAGGGCGACCUCGGCUCAGACCCUGGGAAACAUUGUGGUGUCUAUACUGGGCACUGGAACACUUGGUCUUCCUUUUGCUUUUAGAGUUACAGGUUGGGCAGCUGGUUCUCUUGGUCUCAUGCUUGCCGGCCUUGUUAGUUAUUACUGCAUGCUUCUGCUUGUUGAGUGCAGAAGAAAGUCAGAAGAAGAUACACAGGAAACAGAUAAACCUGCACAAACUCAAACCUAUGGCGAUAUAGGUGACAAUGCAUUUGGAGCAACUGGUCGGUUUCUUACUGAAUUCCUAAUCCUUGUAUCCCACGCUGCUGCUUCUAUCGCAUUCUUUAUCUUCAUCGGCCAAAACCUCUCUUCAGUAUUCACCUCCUUCUAUGUUACCAUCUCUUCCUCAUAUUUCAUAUAUUUCCUCUUACUUCUUCUUGAGGUCCUUCUCUCAUUCGCCCGCUCCCUCUCUCUCCUUGCUCCCUUCAGUGCAUUUGCAACAUUAUGCAAUGUCUUUGCCAUGGCCAUUGUAAUCAAAGAAGAUAUAAAUAAAAUUGGGGACCAUUCAUUUGAGAGUGCAAAUGCUUUUAAGGGAGUAUGGAGCAUUCCUUUUGCCUUUGGAGUGGCUGUAUUUUGCUUCGAAGGUUUUGGAGUGACUCUAGCCCUUGAGAGGUCUAUGGCUAAGUCAAGUAAAUUUCCUUGGGUGUUGCUCCAAGCUUUUUUAGGAAUUGCAAUUGCUUAUAUUGUUUUUGGGAGUUUCGGAUAUCUGGCUUAUGGUGAAGAGACUCAAGAAAUCAUCACUCUUAAUCUUCCCAACAAUUGGACGACAAUAAUUGUUAAGGUUGGUCUAUGCAUUGCUAUCACUUUCACCAUCCCAAUGAUCAUGCAUCCUAUCCAUGAGAUCAUAGAGCUAAAGCUAAGAUCAUGCAGAUGGUCUCAGAAUCUUUGCCACAACUCACAAACCAAAGGCUGGUUAAUCUCUCAGGUUGCUCGACUGUUCGUGAUUGUGUUGUUGACUAUGUUGGCUACUUUUGCUCCAGGCUUUGCGCAACUUAUGUCGUUCACAGGAAGCACAAUUUGUGCCUUGAUCUCUUUUGUUCUGCCGGCAUCUUUUCACCUCAAGAUCAUGGGCUCCUCUCUUGCUCCUUGGCGUCGAGUUGUUGAUUACUGUAUUCUUCUGGUUGGUUUGGUGUCUGCAGUUUACGGGGCUUUUGCAGGUCUUAAGGCAACUCUUGACUUGUUUUUGUAGAUCUGGUUGCGUGAAGAACAGGAGACCGCUAGAAUCUGUUCAGUGUAUUCAAUAAUAAAAGAAGAGGAGAAAGAUAUACUUUUGAUUCUACAACUUGAUCUUUUUUGCUUUUGAUGUCAAAAUAAACAGUUGAUUGUCGUGCAAAUGUGACUUAGAUUUAGGCUAACUAGCACUUAAAUAUAAUUCCCCUAGUUUGCACUUAUAUAUCACUAGUUGUUUUUGGCAGCGCUAGCUUGGAUACCCGGAAGGUUCUAAAUUUUGCGCUUCAGUA